UGAUUAAAAAAAGGCGGAAUUCAAUUGGCUCUCGCCAGCACCAUAGUUAAGCGCGUGCUCGGAGCUUUGAGCUGGGCCGCAUCACCAGCUCCGCUACACUAUCCCAUUUAUGAGGGGUUUUUCCGGGCUUCCAACUCCAAUACUAGUGAUAUUACCAAUUCAGAUUCCAAUAAUAGCAGCUCUAGUAGUGUAUCAGAAGAAAACCUCGUCAUCGGCAACACAGGCCCAUUUAUACAAUUUUCCAGCUAAACCAAGAACAAAGCUUUCUUUAUCCAAGAAUGAUAAACAAGUUAGCAAAGGUUCUAUCAUUGAAGAGCAAAGCGAUAACGAAGAAGAAUUUCCCAACAAUAAUUUGAAUAAUUUGCUUUUGGCUACCGAAAAAACACGCUGAAGACCAUGGUAACAUGAAUUUUAAAGAAAAUUUUAAAGAAGAUAGCAUUGACGAUUUUCGCUAUCUUCAUCAAAGCCUGUUGAACGCCAAAGACAAAAGUAAGAAAAAGAACAAGCAUACAUCUGUUUGAGAAGAAUAUUGUU